UUUCUAAGUUGUGAGGACGGAUUAAAUCAACAUUAAAGAAGCUUGAAGACAAUGAAGUUUUUGAGCAACGGAAUAAAAGAUUUAUCUAUGUUUACACAUCUAGUUUUGAAAUAUUUCUUUGGUGUGUUUUUUGUGAAGUUUGUGUACGUGAAUGGCAGUUUAGUAAGAUCGGAUCCAUGUCGCAUAACUACGACCCCUCAAAAUUACUUUGUUCGUGCUCCUUUGGGGUCAAACUUGACUCUUAGUUUUUCGUAUAACUGUAAAGGAAAUAUAAGCUGGCCUGAAGAUUAUUACGUAACAUGGUCGGUUAAUGAAACUCUAAUUUGUUCGAUGAUUUUUCAUGGUUUCUUGAUAAGAUUAACUGACAAAGUUGACGAUUCAUAUAUGAAUUCGACCUUCUCAAGCAUAACUAUAAAUAACAUCUCCAUUAAAUACAAACGAUCGCAAGUCUUUGCGAGACUAUCUAUCACGGACAAUUACAAACGCAGAGCUGGUUUUCCUUUUUAUUAUUCACGAAUCACAAUUUUAGUUACAGCUACAUCUUCCAGCAGCCUGGAUACUUCAUGGAUAAAAGAAUCAUUAAUUUCGUUGUCAGGGGAAGUUACUUCAUUAUUGGUCAAUACGAUGUCAUAUUGUAACGCUACAUAUACUUCAAGGAGCCUGAUUACUUCAUGGACAAGGGGCGGUAUGUCUGGUUCUUUGAAAGCCCAAAACUCUGGUGAAUCAAAAUUGAUCAUCUAUAACAACACCUUCUUCUAUGGCCUCAACUAA